GUCAGCAGUCUCUUAGUCAUCCCCUGCACUGUCCGCAGUCUCUGGUCAUCCCCUGCACCAUGUCCGCAGUCUCUGGUCAUCCCCUGUACCAUGUCCGCAGUCUCUGGUCAUCUCCUGUACUGUGUUCGCAGUCUCUGGUCAUCUCCUGCACCAUGUCUGCAGUCUCUGGUCACCUCCUGUACUAUGUCCGCAGUCUCUGGUCAUCUCCUGCACUGUGUCCGCAGUCUCUGGUCAUCUCCUAUACUGUGUCUGCAGUCUCUGGUCAUCCCCUGCACUGUACGCAGUCUCUGAAGAGUACAUGGUCAGCCUAGAGACACGGCGUUGCUUAGGGGUAGACGAUUUUUUUUUUUUUCUUUUACACUG